CUUCUUCUCCUACUCACAUGCCAAGUCUCCACAUUUGCAGAAAUUGAGAGAAAUCCAAGGCCAAAAAAAUGCUUCUUAGAAGCUCAUCAACGCCAUUUCUGAAUUCAUGGAUUCCUCCACACUCGAAAGAACCAUCUCCAGAACCCGAAUCUGUGCACCAAAUUCAAAAAACCCGGCCCAUUUCGCUGACAGCAUCAUCUUCUAGUCCAUUUUCUUCACAAGAUCAUGAUUCUAUUAAAAGAAUGACAAGAGCCUUUUCCGAGGCAGAUUUAAGGGACCACUCAGUGCCAAAGAGAAAACCCAGUAACGGAAUCUUGAAUGGAAUCCCUGUUGAUGAAGAAAUGGAGAAAAAGGUAUCAUUUUGGGAGGGUGGGUUGUUUUUUGAAGGGUGUGAGGCUGGAGAGAAGGGGGAGGGUGAUAAUGGGGUGCUAGAGGUUUUGGUGACCGGUGGUGGUAGUGAUGGUGGUGGACGGAAGUUUUGUGGUGGUCGUGGUAGGUCGGAUUUUGGUGAUGAUGGAGGAUCAGGGUCUCGGGAGUCCAAUGAGGGGAUUGAAACUACCGAUGCUUAUUAUCAGACGAUGAUUGAAGCCAAUCCUGGGAAUCCUCUUUUUCUCAGAAAUUAUGCCAGGUUCUUGAAAGAGGUUCGUUUGGAUUUUGUAAAAGCUGAAGAGUACUGUGGGAGAGCAAUUCUAGCCAACCCUAAUGAUGCAGAUGUUCUUUCAAUGUAUGCUGAUUUGAUAUGGCAGAGUCAUAAGGAUGCUUCUCGUGCUGAAUCUUAUUUCGAUCGAGCUGUUAAAGCUGCUCCCGAUGAUUGUUAUGUGAUGGCAUCUUAUGCUCGGUUUCUUUGGGAUGCUGAAGAGGAGGAGGGGGAGGAGGGGGAGCGGGAACAGAAAGAAAAUAUGAGCAAAAUGUCACCGCCAACUUUUUUCCAUGGAUCCAAGCCUCCUCUCCCUCCUUUAGCCGCCUCAUCUUGAGACCACCACCUCUCCCAAAAAUCUUGUGUUGCUGCCCCUGCAUAGUGGAGUUUUGCUGAAACUUUGAAGUUCGAAAUAUCCUUUCCUCAGGUCAUGCAAGUAUCCCCCCUAUAGAUAAGCAUUGUGGUUGGACAGAAAAGAGGUGUCCAAUGCUGUAGAUAUUAGUAUAAUUAAGACAAUAACAAUGCGUUUAGCAUGUUA